UGAGCGCCUCUGCUGGCCUUCGAAAUGGGCUCGACUCCUUAGCCUUGAUUUCUUCAAUUGUCCCUCCGCAUAUCAACUUUUUUUAAAUUAAGAAACGCCUGUUCGCGAUGACAUUUGGAGGAGAAUUGGCAGACAAGGUCAGCCAGGUGAUUUCACAACUGGUUCCUGUGCGGGCCGACUGGCUCGCAAGUUUCAGUUCCUGUGCAGUACAGUAAAGCCACUCGCUUGGUCAGAGGAUUGCAAUGAAACAAGCUCAGGAGCGGAACCAGGAGUGCCUGCCUCCUAAGAAGAGGGACCUCCUAGUUAGUAACAGCAGUGGAGCUGGAGGGACGGUAGGAGUUGGAGGUGGUGGUGGUAGUAGUAGUGGUGGUGGCAGUAAUGCUGGUGGCACUAAUGCUGGUGGUGUUAUUGGAGAAGAUGAAGUGGUGUCCAUCCAGAACUCUGCGGCCAACAGUGACACUCAGGGAGGGACCCCAUCUGGAGAGUGGCUGCGCGCUCAGCCAGGGCUUCAUUAUGGAGUGGAUAAUUCUGAUGGCAUACCAGCAGUGCCAGUUGACCAGUAUGGUAUGCUCUACAAAGUGGCUCUUCCAUCUGUUACCUACUCGCCUACUAGUCUUCACCCAGUGUUAAGCCACAUCUCUCCAGCCUACACUGUACACUCUCCUCUCCUGCAGCAUCCAGGCCUUCCCUAUCCUCCUCUUGGGUAUGCCCAGAUCCCUCAUUCCUCUCUCCAGUUUGUUAGUUCCCCUUAUGCAGCGGUACCUUACGCUCUAACCCCUGGCUUUGUCCCGGGAUCAUUAAUCUCUCCCUCAGGCACCAUUCCUCAGCCCCAUGCUGUGUCCCACCUUGUUCCCUAUCCAUCGGUCAUACAGGAAGGUGUUGUUUCCCCACCUCCCCAGGCCCAGGUAGCUGCUCAUACCUUUGCCAAAGUUGCAGUAUCCAGCGGUGUCCCGCUGAUGCUGCCUUCAGAGCAAGCUGCCCAGCAGCACCUUGGUACACUAGGAGUCAUGUCCACAGCAGAGCUCAGCUCUCGGGGGUUGUCUGUCUUCUAUCACCCUCAGGGUGCCAGGGCUGCCUCCAGAGACCCACACAGUGCCCAGCAGGAGAAUGAACCAGAGAUGAAUGGAGGCGAUAAAGAGCAGGGAGCUAGGGAGGUUGUACUUGAUUCAGCCUACACUGCCAGAAAUACACGACUGCUGCAGGUAGCAUCCAACUGUGCAGCCCAGGAAUAUAGCCAAGACAGAGGCCUGCUGAACCGAAGGCUGGAAGAGAGGAGCUCACCUGGCCAGCGCAGCACUCCAGACAGCGACCUGGAGGUGCAGCAUGUGGUUGGUCGUAUUGCUUCCUCUAGCCAAGGUGGAGUGCGGAAAGAGGUGUCCUUUGCUCCCUUGAACCUCUCUCAGGGGGCCCAGAGAACCAGAGAUGUCCAUGGAGAGUCCGACCGGACUGCGUACACGGCCCAGACCGUGAGUUACAAUGAUCCCAGAGUGUCCAGUCUCCAGCAGCAGACGGGACAACCAGGCCAUGCUGUCAUGCUUGCCAACGGACAACCAGUUCUUAUUCCCUUGGAGUAUCACCUGCAGCAUCAGCCCCAACCGCCACAGCAACACUACCCAGGACAGGCUAAUGAUGCCUCAGCCAGCCAUGCCUCUACCACCAUGGCCUCCCCUAACCCAAGCUUUAAAGCCUCUGACUCUUCAGCCAGAGUGUGCCUCCUUGAAAGGGCGGAGUUGACCACAGCUCAGCAGCAGAUCCCCCAGCAGCCUCCUCACCAGCCUACAGCAGAUGUGACUCAGGCCUUAGCUUCAAGCCUCGCUCCUGCCUCGACUCCCUCCAACCCGUCACACUUCAUGAAGGGAGCCAUUAUCCAGCUGGCCACUGGGGAACUGAAGCGUGUGGAGGAUCUGCAGACUCAGGACUUUGUGCGGAGCGCUGAGGUGAGUGGGGGGCUUAAGAUUGACUCCAGCAUGGUGGUGGACAUCCGUGCCAGCCAGCAAAGACCAGGCCUUGUGUCGCUUCACUUCACUGUGGGGGAGCAGCAGAGCAAAGUGACCAUCGAUGUGCCCCCGGAGCACCCCUUUUUUGUGUUCGGGCAGGGCUGGUCGUCCUGCAGCCCUGAGCGCACAGCCCAGCUCUACGGCUUGGCCUGCCAUCAUCUGCAAGUAGGAGACGUGUGUGUGUCCAUCACCCUGCAGCAGCAGCAGCAGCAGCUUCAGCCACAGCAGCAGAAACAACCACAGCACCAUCAUUCACAGCAGCAACAACAACAACAACAGCAGCAGCAGAACCUGUCCAGGACUUUGAGCAAAACCAACGCUACACCAGGACCUGGUCACCAGCUCAUGGGGCCCCCUGCCCCUCAGCAGUCACGGCCUCCGUCUCAUUUCAGGCUAGACCGCAUCCACAGAGAGAGACAGAGGGAUGGGGAAAAAGAUGCAGUCGAUAAGGAGGAAGCCACACAUUUUGGGGUUGUUGGGCACCCUGAGAUGCCCAUCAGACCAAGUAGGACCUCAGCAGAGCAUCCAAGGAGCCAGAGCAGUUACCACUUGCACACAGAGGGCUCUGCUUUUGCAGGGGCAGGGACGGGAGCAAUGCAGGCUGCACUAAGUGCUUCUCAGAGGCGCUGGUCCUCACCUGGCCUCCAAAGAUACAGUAUGAAGGGAGACGAAGGGCCACGCCCUCAAUUAAGCACCUCUGGCCACACAAGGCCCUCUUUCAUCCCCCAGGAGGUCAAACUGUCCAUUGAGGGGCGCUCUAAUGCAGGGAAGUAGCAUCACAUUUGGUAGCAACUAUAGAAUAGACUGCCACGAGUAAGAAUGAGUCUGACAAGGAGAGAAAGAGGAGAAAAAAAAGAGUGCGAAUGUAGCCUCAGAAUGUAUGAGAUUUUGCACACCUAAAAUAUACAAAAAUACAAGAUCUUUGUCUAUCUGGUGAGAAGGUUUGGCUUGGUUGUCACUCAGCCAAAGAAUACAAGCCUGUGGAUUCACAGCCAGCUGAGGUCUGACAGGGACAGCUGAGUAGAAAGUAUGUAGCGGAUGAAAUGCCUACUAUAGUCCUUGCACACUGCAUUUCUCUUCCUCCCUCCCUCCUUUGUCGCCACUUCCUCAUACCUUUGCUUGGAGGUUACCAUCACAUUCAGAACACUCUUGCUUCCUUUUUGACCAAACCAUCUCCUUGAAAGACCAAGGACUGAAGAAGAAUGUGUUUGUAGCACAGUGAAGCUACCCCCUCUGCAGGUUCUGAUGUAUUUAAAAGAUCCCAGCCAGUGGUCUUUUAUAGCCUCCAUUCCUAAGAUCCUGUUUCCUUCAAAAGCAUUUGCCCAAAAAAGAGUGAAGUUGCUGACAUCAGCGGCUCCUGUGGUGAUGUUGGCACUUUUGGCGCUAACUGUCGGUGUAUGUUACAUUAUGCUUCUCUGGCAGGAGUCUUCUGCUGUCAGCAGGGAUACUCUCUCCCCUCCUUCCUUUUCAGGAGGCCGGUCUGCAAAGAAUAGGAUCCUCUCUCAGGCCAGGUGUGGCACGUCCCACUUGUCUUCAACAAUCAAAAUAGUGAUAAAUCAAUCAAUGUGUCUGUUCAGCAAUCAGUUUCCACAAAAAAAAAAAAAGAAAAUCUGCUCAUGCCCUUUGGUUUAGGCUGAGGGCCCUAACGUGUGUGAGUGUGUUUGCAUACAUGAUUGAAAUAAUGCUUUGUUCUCUAUAACUAGAGAUAUCUUGCAUUCUAGUAUCAUCAGUGGGAAUAUCCAUCGCUUUUUGUUGAAUUUUUUUCUCCUUUAGAGAAUCACUUCAUCCUGAGCGACACCCUCCCUCCUCCUCACUAUACCUCAGAGUUUUCCUGACCAGACUGGCGACUUUUAAUGCAAUUUUAAACGAUUUAAUUAACGGAGGACGCACUGGCUGGUCAUCAUCAAAGCUACCUGUGGGAAUGAGACAUUACCCUCUCACAUCAGCGGAUGCAGGCCAAUUUAGCCUAAAGUCUCUGACACACCAACCCGACGGCUGACUGUCGGCAGAAAAGGCAGUCGGACUGAUCAGUCUGCUCCCGUCUCUCAAAAGUGCCUCGGAACACUCCGAAGCGACGCCGACUUGAGCGUAUGUUCUGCGCGUGCGCGAGACGUAAUACGUCUCCACAAUAGCAGGCGGCGCUAAUCUGUAUUGUCGCCCCAAAAAAUUUAAACCAGAAAUGACGGAACAUCUCGCUAGACCUAGUAAAAAUGGAGCACGCUGUCGUCAGUCAUUGUUUUCAUCAUCGUGUUGCUAGUAGGACAACAACGAUAAGAAGGAUCGUUGUUGUCAUUACUCGCUGAACGGAAGAAAAUACGAUGGCUAGUAAUAAGAAGAUACUGGCGUUGUCAGCUCUCGGGCUUCUUCUUGUGGAAGAAGCACUGAUUCGCUAGUCUAAGGGCUAGCACUCCACCAAUCGGAUUGGUCAUUGAGUCCGACUGCCCACUGGCCGAUUCAGCAAGUCAAAUCAGCCAAAAUGGAUGCCGGCGGCUCCUCCGACUGCCGAUGGCACGCAACACACCGAACAGACUCGAGUCACCGACCUCGCCAGACUGUCCGACGGCCGAUAAUCGGGUUAGUGUGUCAGAGCCUUAAAACCCCAGAGGAGUGGAAUGGCCUUGUUGUUGGCCUUGUAGAGAGAAACCCUGCGUGUGAGCGAGUCAGUGACCAGGUGUUCUCUUUGUCCUUGUUACUUUCUGCUCAGUUACCAAAUUAAAGCAAUAGUUCUUUUCACAGCAUGCGGCUGUACUGCUCUCCCCAGUCUCCCGUCGUCGGCUGUUUUAUAUCUCCGAGGUGUGAGAUCUGACCCUCUUUUGACCCUGACCUUUAAAGGUGAUGCACUAUUUGGGUGUUUAUUUCAUUGAUUCUUCAGUAUUUCUACACAAGCGACGCAUGAUAAAUUUCUCAAGAAAUCAUUGUAGAUGUAACCGCGUCUCUUUGAUUCUCCAUUUCACUGACAAUAUUUCAUCUUUUACUCAAGUGCAUCUCCAAGAAAGGCUUGACUCUAAUUACGUUAUCAAGUCAUCUUCUGUUCUUUCUUUUGUUUUACCGUGUACGGUCCUUCGCUUUUGUACUAGGAUAUACUUUAUCCAGUGGAUCUUUUAAUUGUCUUGCACAUAGAAAAUGUCAUUGAUUUCACACUGACUGAAUCACAGUACAGUAGAUGUUGUUUUCUUUUAUAUGAAGGGAAUAUGUUUGAAGUGUUGUUGUUUUGUGAUGAGAAAGAAAAAAAAAAUCUGACUUGCAUUUUUAACUCUGUUUACAAAUUAGCCAAGAUGAAUGCUGCAGUUUCAGAUUUUCAUCCUGGUUACUCAAAAUAAAAAAUCGAAAGGGUGAAAUUGAAAAUAAGUGCAAUUAGACCACACAUAAAAUCAUUCAGAGGUUUCUAAUCAGACAACAUUCCUUAAGCAGACAUUCCCAUUGAAACGUGUAAAUCAUACAGCACCAGUAAAAAAAAAAGAAAAAAAAAAAAGAUCUUUGGACAAAACAUUUGAUCGCUUUUGAAUAUUUCAUGCAUUACCUGUUAUAUUUUCUUUCAUUGGAUACGCUCAGACAGGAUGGUCAGUUUUUCAAUUGUAGUGUCUGACUAAUGUGCUGGUGCUGUCCCUCAGCCCCAGACACUUGUGUGUCUAUCUGUCCUUUUCAACUCUCUUAACUUGUCUAGUUCACGGAGUCUACAGCCUGACCCUCUGUCACCGAGUCACCUGAACUGGGCCUAUUAGACUCUCAUCCUCUGGUACUGUCACUAUGAGCAGCUUUAAAGGAUGGUUUAACAUUUUGUUUUUCAAGUCUGUCUUAAAACAAUUCUCACAUGCCCAUAAACGGUUAUUGCUGUAAUCAUUCCUCUUGUCCAUCCUGGUUGUAUAAAGAUUCCCUCCUGAUGCUAUUCCAGUGUCAAACAUUUUGUUCCCCAUCCCGUCACUUAACUGUAAUCACAUUAAAAAGUGAUCUCUUAACGGCCAGUAUGGACAGAAGGACUGCCCUAUCUUACAAUGUUAAUGAAAGUUAAAAGAAAUAAUUCUUGAUUCUGAUCCGCUCCAAAAUGUAAUGUGUCCUUCCUCGGCCCAUGCUACACCCUUCCACCAAGUUUCAUGAAAAUCAGGCCAGUAGUUUUUUUUGUUUUUGUUUUUGCAAUUCUGCUGACAAACAUUAGGAGGAACAUUACCUCCUUGGCGGAGUUUAACGUUUUCAGUGUACAUACGGAAUUGGUAUUGUAUUAAGAUACUUGAAAAAAUGUGAACCUGUCCUUUUAAAAUGCUUUGCAAUCGGGGUUUCAGAGGAGAAUACUUCUUACCAUCAGAAGCUCACCACAUUGAGUCUUUUUCACGCUGUAAGCAAUAUACAUAAUAACUGAAAAUCUUUCAUGUAGUCCUGGCAUUUUCUAUGCAGUAAACUCAGUAUUGUACUCUUCGUAGUCUUAAGUGCAGCUCUCCGAAGCAGUAGGGGCAGGAUGGGUUGAUGCAGUUAUUUGCCGCUGAUGUCUGGUUCUAGGAUCUUUGUCCCCAUCUCCCUAUGUAUAGCACACUGCUGACUCACAGAUCAGUCAACUUUUAUUGUCUUCUCGCGAUGCCACACGGUCGGAGCCAAAUCAGUUGAGAUUACUGUCACUCAAAUCUCCAAGCGUUUGCCUAGCAUUAUUUUGGCGCGAUUACCAAGCCACUUUGACAUUGUAUUUUGGGUCACAUUGCAUUUGAUGGGAUUUAAAUGGUGCAAGCAGUGCCGCCUGUGACUUUACCUCCGGUUGAUUCUCACAGCAAGACCAUCCUUCGCUGCCCAUGAGCCUUUUUGUUUUCCCCCCGCUGCUUUGAGCAGCGCGUUAAGCAGGAGAAGCUCUACUUUUACCAAAAUGUCCGGUGAAUCUCCUUCACAUCACUGAUAGUCUGUUGCUGUAAGUAAUUGCACUAAAUGCCCUUUUACAGUGUUUUGAACUUAAACCUGUUGGUAAAUUGAAGAGUUUCAAAAUGUAAAGCACACAAAAUCACAGGUUGUGUUUCUGUAGAUAGAUGUUUUUUUGUGUGUGUAGAUAGCUUUGUUGGUGCUUGUCAAUAAUGCCUUAAAUUCUGCUUUGUACAGCGUGUGAAAUUUAAAACAUGGGAUAAUGAAUAAUUCUGGUAGACUUGGUGUUACCUUUUUCAGGCUGUACAAGAGCAAAUCAGAAAUGUCAAAGCUUUGACACUCUUGUCGUGCUUAUGAGCAGAAAUUCAUAUUUCUCAAAGGGUGAUGGUCAAUUCUCUUUCAGACGGUUCAACCAUGAAAUCUGCACGUUUUGGUGGUUUUUUUUUGUUUUGUUUUUUUUUUUGGUUCGUUUUACCCGUUACAUUUUUAAUACACUCUUUACGCUCAUACCUACCUUUUUGUCCUCCUUUUUUUUUUUAUGUGUGGAAGUGAAGUAAAUGGAAGCUCUUCUUUGCGCACACACAUGCACACAUCUGUAGUUUUUAUUGUUGCACAAGAUCAGUAGGUUUUCUUGUUUGUUUUUUUAAAUCCCUAGCAUUAAUGGAUUGUGUUUGGUGUCUUGUGC